AUGCCCACCCACGUUGUCCUCGGUGCAACAGGUGGCACGGGCUCGGCGAUCCUAAGAUACCUUCUCUCGUCGCAGAUUCCCGAUCUUCGUAUCAAUAUCCUCGUGCGCUCGAAGAGCAAGCUUCUCCAAGCUUUCCCACAACUCGAGUCUACCUCGUCAGCCAGCAUCAGCAUCUUCGAAGGAUCCAUCUCGAACGAGGAUGUCGUCAAAGCAUGUCUUCGGCACGCCGAAACCAUAUACAUCUGCGUCGCUACCAACCAUGCCAGUCGCAAGGUCGAGGUCGCUGUCACGACGGCAGCAUCUCUUGUCGCAGCUCUCGGUCACCUCCGCGAAGUGGAUCGGCCUGAGUACAAGCUACCCGUUGUUCUAUUCAAUCGAUCCUUAUCUCUCAACUCGGAUGCUCAGCUACCAAUCCCGGGCUUCGUGAAGAAGUUCACGGUCUUUGCACUCUGGCUCAUCUACGAGGAUCUUCUAAAGGCGGGUACUAUUUACGAGAAGGCGGAGAAGGAUGGACUGCUCACGCACAUCACCGCGGAUCCACCUGGUCUGAUGGAUCCCGAACGGACGGAGACCACUGGGUACAAGUUCGUAGUGCGCGGAAAAACAUCGGCAACGAUCAACUACGCAGACUUGGGCGCAGCUUUGGUUGAACUAGGACAGCGUCGCAAGGAGUUCGAGGGAACGACCAUCGGUAUCAGUGCGACCGGCCCAGUUCGGGUCGACGUACUCAGUAAUCUGUGGAUCAUCUUCCUUGGCUUGAAGAGUCGACUCAGUCCAUUCUAA